CCCUUCCUUUUCUCCUUCUUUCUUCCCAUGAACUUCUCUCCCCAUUCGGGUGGUGAACGUGUUCAACGCACAGCACAACAGAGCACUGUGGGGAUUGUUUUGUACAUGUGAUAUACGACUCGACUGAGAAGGGAGAAACGAGGCGGACUGUCUGCAUGAGGGCUAACUGGACGAAGACGGCCGGGCAUUGUAAAAAAUGCGCCCUGCUCCCAACCAUGUGGGGGAGCCUUUUCACACAUAUGCGAUUAGGGGAAGCACAGCUAAACGCGCGCUGCUGAAAGGGAUUCCGAGCCAAACGCAUCAUGUCCCCCGCCUAACAAAGAACAAAAAAAAUGGUCAUUCCGCAUGAACCGCUUAGCCAAACACCCCAAAGAAGAGAGCAAACAAAUUAAAUGCCCCCUACGUAGAGCCAACAAGUUAAUUACAUCAAACGGUUUAUGCGCAGGAGCGAAGAUAGAUUGACCCCCGAUUGGCAAAAAUGAUUUUGGAGAUCGUCCCCCUGUACAGCCACAAGUUUUACAGCACCCUGCUGAUAAUUAAAGACCUGGGUGUUUCCAACAAGGGAUGCAAGUUGAGUGAGGCUCUGCAGGAUGGCGAUGAGGAAGAAAAGAUAAGUGGAGAGCCCAAGGGGGAGGGAAUUGGAGAGGAGGCUGAACAACCACCCAGGGAAGAGCCCCCUUCCCACAACGGCGAUGCAACGGUGACAGAUCAGGGGGACCCUCUUCUGAGGAAGACCUAUAAUUAUGACUACCUAAACAAUAAGAAGGAUUUUUACGCAAAGGAGAAAGAUAAAAAUAUUUACGUCCUUAUAAAUUGCGGGUGGGACGAUCAGUUCCGCACGGAGGAUGUGAAGAAUGUGUUGCGGGUGUGCGAAUAUGUAGAUUUGCUGCUAAUCACGAACCACGGCCUCAACUUCGUGGGGUGCGCCCCGCUGCUUUUCCAGGAGCUACAGAAGAGGGGAAGGAAAAUCCCAAUCAUAUGCCACGAAUACGUCAAGUCGUACAGCAAAUACGUCCUCCUGAGUUACUUCAAAUGCACGAGUAGUUGCAAUUUUUUUAAAUCCUUUAAAGAUGACGAAUACGUCAAAAUGGUGAACGAGCUCUUCUACAAUGUGACUUCUCUGGAGUUUAGAGAACAUUGCACCUUUAGGAAGAUUAUAUGUCAAAAGAAAAACACAGUCUGUAUGCUUCCCCUAUAUUUUAUAAACAAUGGAGACAACAUAGGGUCCUCUGCUGUUAUUAUAAAACUUUUCAAUUCCAAAAUUUUGUACUCUAUAAAUUUCCACCUGUCUGAUUAUUCGUUUAUUGAAAGGUCGGACGUGGUGCAGCAGGCCAAUGUCUUCACCUACAUUGGCAACUUUCGCUACACCAAUAAGAACUGCAGCAAGAUGGUAGAUGUGAAGAGCAUCCUGGGCAUCGUCAACAGAACGAUGAACAACCUUGGGAGUGUCCUUCUCCCCGUGGAUAUCGACAGCGUCUUCCUCGAUCUGCUGUUCCACAUCAACGCGCUGCUGGAGGUCAGCAUGCAGAGAUACGCCCUCCUGUUCCUCUGCCCCUACUCGGAAAACUUCGCCAGGCUGCUGUCCGCGUCGCUGACCUACCUGAACAGCCACAUAAAAAACAAUUUCCACAAAAACCGAGUAAAUAUCUUCAAAAUGAAGAACCUGGUGUGCAUAAAAAACUACAGCGAUUUUAAAAAGUACGAAAAUGGGUACUACAUUUUGUUUUCCUUUCCGGCCUCCCUGAACAACGACACGGCGAAGAAGAUCCUCUCGACGUUUCUCACCAGGAGGAAGAACGUAUUGAUAUUCACCAAGAGGUACUACGCUCCGAGCUUCUCUCACCAAGUGUGUAGCCACUAUUUUACCCACAAGGAUGAAAGGAGCAAACCAGAGUUGGCCUUCUCCUUCAGCCAACAUGUAAAAAUUGAUGAUGAGAAAUUAUAUGAAAUUUAUUUGAAAGAAAAAAACAACAUCGAAAAGGACGUCGUUCUGAGCAAAGCAGAUGGUAAAAGAGUUAAGAAGGAGAAGAAGCAGGUGAGGAAAAAAAAAAAAAAAAAACCAAAGUUCAUUUUUGAGUCGAAAGAAGAGAUGCUGUACAUAAAAAGGGAGGGUCGCCUGGUCGGGAAGACGGACGGAGGCGGAACGGGCAAGCUGAAGCGGGAUGGCGCUGCUGCAGAACUUGUAAAGAAGGAGAAGCGCAAGCGGGGGGGCAGCGAGGAGGACGUUGAGGGUGAAGAGGUGGGUGACGACGAUGACGAUGAUGACGAGAGUGACAUGGAAGAUGAUGACGGCGAUGACUAUGACGAGGACGACUACGAUGACUAUGACGAGGACGACUACGAUGACGACUCCGAUGAUGACCAUGACGACCCUGAUGAUGACCCCCCACACGACCCGCAGAACUACAACGCGUAUUAUCACUCCGACGAGGAGGAAGAGCAAACAGCGGGCGAGGGUCCCCAGUUUGCCGGCUACCCGCACCACAGCGACAGCAAUGCCAGUGGUGACGGUGCCACCGCCAACCGCCAGAGUGACAAACGUGAAGGUGCCUACCGUAGCGACCGCGAUGAGGACUACUCACUUGACGGAAUGGAACCCCCCCGAGGAAAAACGCGAAAGGGAAGAGUCACCAUAAAAGAGGAAAAAAUAAACGACUACGAAUACGCUGAGCAUUCCAACCACCUCUUAACGAACGAACAGUCGGAUGAUACAGACAAGGGGUACUAUCCGCAUCAGCGCAAAAUGGGAAAUAUUAGCAAAGACAAAAAAAAAAAGGUAAGAAUAAAAGAGGAGCCUCAACCCACGGAUGAUGAAACGUAUGGGCAUGAGAAUUACACCAACAGACAUCCUCUUUCAAAACAGAGGGACCAAAAGGGUAUACCUACAUUUGAAAAAAGUGAGCAGAUCUUUACAGCCGAACAUGGGGAUGAGCUGCCCCAGAAUGACGAGGAAAACAGUGCCUCAAACGAUGAGCGAAAGGGGAGCUAUCAACCGGUGCACAUAUCCGACUACUACCAAGUAGAGAGAAAAAAAAUGCGGGCAGGAAAAAGGGCCAGGGAUAGGGAUAGCGUUAGAAAGGGGAGCCACAGCCAGCUAGAUAGGACCCACAAGGAGAAGAAACUUUCCCCGGAAACGCCCAAAAUGACCUGGAAAAAAAAACUAAUCAAUUAUUUAAAAACCAUCCCGACCACCGUUCAAGAGGAGAAAGUCUCCAUUCAGGUGGACUGCUCCGUAAGGGCAUUCAACAUAGAGCAGUGUAUUAACCAAAAUGCCCUUAACAGCAUAAUACACCUGAUGAAGCCCCAACAUUUUGUCCUCCUUCCAAGCUGCAACAGCUUCUUCUCUUUCCAUUUCGAGAUGUUACUAAACGCAACGGUACAGCCCAUGGAGGAAAUAAAACUGCACACUUUUUACACCCCCAAUUUUUCCACCCAUAAAAAUAAGAGGAGCAUUUACUUUAACCGCUACCUUUGCUCCGGUGGGAAGACACUCGAUUCGAUUAGCAUUCCCCUAAGGGUUCAUUAUGAGAAUGUGCAUAUAAAAAAUAUUUACACGAUGAUUAACACGAUGAAGGUUGCCGAUGGGCAGUUGAACGUUUUCAAAAUUAAGGCCUCCGUGAGUUCCACGCGGGGCGGGCCCAGUUCGCAGCCGUGCGCCAGGAGGCGAAAACGGUUCAUCAACGAGCACAGCACCUUCUGGAGCGAAUUCAGCGAGGCGAACUACUCCCUGGCUAUAGACGACCAAGGUGGAGAGGCGCAGGAAGGGGAAAAGCACGCAAAGGAAAGUCAAGCAGGUCAAGCGGGUCAAUCAGGUCAAUCGGGUCAAACAGGCCAGACAGGCCAGGCAGACCCAAAGCAGGCGGAACAAAGUGCCCCCAACGAAACAAGCCAAAGUGGAGGCAAGGAAAAGCCGAAUGAGAAGAAACCCUUUUUGGAUUACUACAUGGACGACGAGGAACCCAGCGGAGGCGCAGCCCAGGGGGAAGAAGAUGAGCAUGGUGCAGGCGAACCAUCGGACGACUCUGAUGCUUCGUCCCCAAUGGGAGACACCCUCUCGAAUGAGGGCAGCCCGAAUGAGGGCAACGCGAAUGAAGACCGCCCAAGUGAGGAACCCCCCAGUGGCAGCAUCUACAUUGGGGAAGUAAGCAUGAAGAAUUUAUCCGUAGCCAUAAGUGGCACCUUUCAAAGGUGCCUAAAUUUUACCGAAGAAAAUCACAUCAUAAUUGACGGGAAGACGUGCGUUAAGAAGGAAGAACGGGAGAUAGCCACGCGAGGACCGGCGGGCAACAAAAAAGUGGAGAGAACAAAGAGGAACAUCGUUUGGAAGAUUCAGAGCCCCCUGGACCCGUCCUUCUACUACCUGCGAAACGUUUUGAAGGACAUGUACAAUCAUGUGUCUAUAUGA